AUGUUUCAUCGUGAUCAAUCACUGCUAAAUGCCUACUACGUCAGUCUCAUCCAAUUCGCAUUGGACAGCACUGCUCAGAUCAAGAAGCAGAUCAUAUCAUUCAUCGAGACAACAUGUAAACAAAUGCCUCAGUUCUUGUCAAAGAGCAAAGAUAUACUCAAACAUCUGAUGGAUCAGAGUCCGACAAUCACAAAGAGAUCAAUCCUUUGCUUUACAAACCUUAUUAGGUCUACACUAUCAUUCAUCGCACAUAAUGGAGGUUCAACAGAGUCAGUGGAAGCUUGGAACUCAUUCAAUGAGUUGAGGGAGUUCAUUUUGAAGCCUGGUAAUAUGGCGAAUGAGGAUACGUUGGUAAACACAUUCAAGAUGCUGGAGAUAUUGGUACAGUGUUACUCAAUGCCCGACCCAUCAUCAUCACGUCGUGCAGACGCAGAGUUCUCUCUUGAUCAAGUGCCCGACACACAUCCAUUACUCAACCGAGCAUCACUUCAAAAGGAAGGUCUUGUCUGUUUGAACAUCCUCCUCGAUAGCAUCAAUGAUGUCAACAGCAUUCUUACAACGAUAUGUAAGCUGCGACAGACUGCACUAAUGGCACUUGUUGUUCCCAAGCUUUGUACCAGUUCCCAGGACCUACCCAAGUUCAACUCGAUCAAGAAUGAGAGCAUCAGACACACUCUCAAGACCUGCUUCCUGUCCAUACUAAGAUUAAAGAGCACGAUUGUUACACCCUUUGUCCAAAGACCUGGCAUCAGCAUUUAA